CGACAAAAAAUCGAUGCCCGAUACCGAUGUAUUUUUUACAUCACAUCACUACUAUUGAUUGAAUUUACGCAAAUACAAGAUUUUCCUGUUCCAAUGCAAAGUAAACCAUAAAAAUCCAUUGUGAAAAUUUGUGGGGUGGUGGGUGCCAAAACGGAUACUCAAUAGGCGACAGCCGUAGUAAAGAGAGCGGCGAAGAGAGUGCGCAGCGAAAGGGAAAGAGAGCCUGAUUUGAUGUGUACUCGAAAGCGGCCGAAGAGAGCGCACUAAUACACACACACACGGGGAAGGAAAAAGGACGAGCAAGAGGAAGAGCUUUCCGGAGAAACUAGGAUAAAGUGUGUUUGGCCAAAAUGAAUCCGGCGGUGGAUGCGUGGGCGGUGACUCCGAGGGAGCGCCUGAAGUACCAGGAGCAGUUUAAGGCCCUCCAGCCGCAGGCAGGAUUCGUGACCGGCGCCCAGGCCAAGGGAUUCUUCCUGCAGUCCCAGCUGCCGCCCCUGAUCCUGGGACAGAUUUGGGCUCUGGCGGACACCGAUUCGGAUGGCAAGAUGAACAUCAACGAGUUCAGCAUAGCCUGCAAGCUGAUCAACCUCAAGCUGCGCGGCAUGGAUGUGCCCAAGGUCCUGCCGCCCAGUCUGCUGGCCUCCCUCACCGGCGAUGGCCAGAAGACGCCCUCGAUGACACCACGUGGUUCCACCAGCUCCAUGAGCCCCUUGGAUCCGCUCAAGGGGAUGGUUCCCCCCGUCGCCGCAGUAGUUCCCCCUCCCGUGGUGGCUCCUCCGCCGGUGGCUGCUGUUAUCUCGCCGCCCGGCGUCGUGGAUUUGGCCAAGGUACCCGCUGGCCCCACGCCGCCCUCCAGCAACCCACCUAGUCGCCACAUGUCCAUCUCGGAGCGAGCGCCCUCCAUCGAGUCUGUCAAUCAAGGAGAGUGGGCCGUCCAAGCUGCCCAGAAGCGCAAAUACACUCAGGUGUUCAAUGCCAAUGAUCGCACUCGAUCUGGUUACUUGACCGGAGCCCAGGCACGAGGCGUUCUAGUGCAGAGCAAGCUGCCCCAGGUGACGCUGGCCCAGAUCUGGACGCUGUCUGACAUCGAUGGCGAUGGUCGGCUCAACUGCGACGAGUUCAUUCUAGCCAUGUUCCUGUGCGAGAAGGCCAUGGGUGGCGAAAAGAUUCCGGUCACCUUGCCCCAGGACUGGGUGCCACCCAAUUUGCGCAAGAUUAAGUCUCGUCCUGGCUCGGUUUCUGGAGUGGUAUCUCGUCCUGGCUCGCAGCCCGCCUCCCGGCACGCCUCCGUAUCAUCGCAGGGCGGAGUGGGAGCCGUGGACGCUGAUCCGACAGCCGGACUGCCUGGACAAACUUCCUUCGAGGACAAGCGCAAGGAGAAUUAUGUGAAGGGUCAGGCAGAGCUCGAUCGUAGGCGCAAGAUCAUGGAGGACCAGCAGCGCAAGGAGCGGGAGGAAAGGGAGCGCAAGGAGCGCGACGAGGCGGAUAAGCGUGAGAAGGCCCGCUUGGAGGCCGAGCGUAAGCAGCAGGAGGAACUGGAGCGACAGCUCCAGCGUCAGCGGGAGAUCGAGAUGGAGAAGGAGGAGCAGCGCAAGCGGGAACUGGAAGCCAAAGAAGCGGCCAGAAAGGAACUGGAAAAGCAGCGCCAGCAGGAAUGGGAGCAGGCUAGAAUUGCUGAGAUUAACGCACAGAAGGAGAGGGAACAGGAGCGUGUCCUUAAGCAGAAGGCACACAACACCCAGCUCAAUGUGGAGCUGAGCACACUGAAUGAAAAGAUCAAGGACCUUUCGCAGAGGAUUUGCGAUACUCGGGCAGGCGUGACCAAUGUAAAGACCGUAAUCGAUGGCAUGCGCACUCAGCGCGACACUUCCAUGUCCGAAAUGUCGCAGCUGAAGGCGCGUAUCAAGGAGCAGAAUGCCAAGCUGAUGCAGCUCACCCAGGAGCGGGCCAAGUGGGAUGCCAAGAGCAAGGCCAGCGGCGCUGCCAUGGGAGGCGAGAAUGCCCAGCAGGAGCAACUCAAUGCGGCCUUUGCCCAUAAGCAGUUGCUAAUUAACCAAAUCAAAGACAAAGUCGAGAACAUUGGCAAGGAGAUUGAGUCGAAGAAGGAGGACAUCAACUCCAACGACAUACAGAUGUCCGAGCUCAAGGCGGAACUCUCAGCUCUGCUCACCAAGUGCGAGGAGCUGUACAAGGAAUACGAUGUGCAGCGCACUUCGGUGCUGGAAUUGAAGUACAAUCGCAAGAAUGAGACCAGCGUGACCUCGGCCUGGGACACAGGCGCUUCCAGUGCUUGGGGAGAGGCGGAUACGACUGCCGCCGAUCCUUAUGCAGGUAUGAGCAACGACAUAACCGCUGUGGCAGCUCCAUCUGUGGAUUUGAGUGGACCGGCUCCCGAAGGGUUCGUGAAAUAUCAGGCAGUGUACGAGUUCAACGCGCGCAAUGCCGAGGAGAUUACUUUCGUGCCGGGUGACAUCAUCCUGGUGCCAUUGGAACAGAACGCCGAGCCGGGGUGGUUGGCUGGCGAGAUAAACGGCCACACCGGCUGGUUCCCCGAGUCCUAUGUGGAGAAGCUGGACGAUAGUGUCGUUGCCCCCGUCGCCGCCGUCGAACCAGAAGUUGUGGCCGAAGUGGCCGCAGUGGCGGACACCUACAAUGACAAUAUAACUAUCAGCGAAGCUCCGGCAGCUGCUGCCGAUCUAACUGCUGCCGGCGAUGUCGAGUACUACAUAGCCGCAUAUCCUUAUGAGUCCGCCGAGGAGGGCGAUCUGAGCUUCGGCGCCGGCGAGAUGGUCAUGGUGAUCAAGAAGGAGGGAGAAUGGUGGACGGGAACCAUUGGCAGUCGCACCGGCAUGUUCCCCUCGAACUACGUCCAAAAGGCGGACGUGGGUACGGCCAGCACGGCCCCAGCGGAUCCAGUAGAAGCUCUGGAUCAGGAGACGACGCUGAACGGCAACGCUGCCUACGCCGCUGCUCCCGUGGAGGCAGAGGAGCAGCUCUUCCAGCCGCUGCCUGUCCAAGAGCUCAGCGAGCAGCCGAUCGCCAGCCCGGGCGUUGGCGCCGAGGAGGCACACGAAGACCUCGACACUGAAGUUUCCCAGAUCAAUACACAGUCCAAGACACAAAGCAGCGAGCCGGCCGAGAGCUACAGCCGACCCAUGUCACGCACCUCUUCCAUGACACCCGGCAUGCGGGCCAAGCGUUCGGAGAUUGCUCAAGUAAUCGCACCCUAUGAGGCAACCAGCACCGAGCAGCUUUCGCUGACGCGAGGCCAAUUGAUCAUGAUCCGCAAGAAGACGGACUCCGGCUGGUGGGAGGGUGAGCUGCAGGCGAAGGGAAGACGACGCCAGAUCGGUUGGUUCCCGGCCACGUAUGUGAAGGUUCUUCAAGGCGGACGCAACAGUGGACGCAAUACUCCAGUAUCCGGUAGUCGCAUCGAAAUGACCGAGCAGAUCUUGGACAAGGUCAUCGCUCUCUAUCCGUACAAAGCACAAAAUGACGACGAGCUGUCGUUUGAGAAGGACGACAUCAUCAGCGUGCUGGGUCGGGAUGAGCCGGAGUGGUGGCGCGGCGAGCUGAAUGGCCUUUCCGGACUGUUCCCCAGCAACUAUGUGGGACCCUUCGUGACGUCCGGAAACGUAUAACGAGCCUUCGGCUUUGGCCUCUAAGCGGCAACAGGCACUCGCUUAUACAAAAAACCGACAAACAAAUCUACACGAUCCCUUGGGAAUUGGGUUAUCUUAAGAUCAGCAGCAGCAUCAAUAUCCUCCGUAACUACCUAGCCGGAAUUCGUACGAUAUUCUGAAGAGCCCAAAAGUCGGCUACUUACAUUGUUCAACCUGAAUGGUUGUCAUACGUCGUUUUUUCCACAAUGUUUAUCCUCUUCGGUGUGAAAUUCCCUUAACUUGUUGAUAGAAUUAGUAAGCAGAUCUCAUCUGAAACCAUUUAUAGAAUCAAACAUUGCUCUCAUGUUCGUAACCGAUCAAUCGAAAGAUACAACCGAAAUCUAGUAAGUCACAUUUUAAAGGAUUUAUAUAGUAAUCUGCAUAUGGAAACUACAAAAUACAUAAUGAUAUCAAAUGACAAUUACAAUUUCGUUGUAUUAGAUGUGUUUAUCGAUCAAAGCCAGAAUAUUCAACAGUUUUUUCCCCAAAUGCUACUAUACACACACGCAUAUAGUAUCUAUAACGAUGGUUUUCUGUGUUUUCCAAUAAUAUCCGAAUAUAAUUGUAUAUACUUAAAGUAUUCCAACCAACAAGUGGGAGUACGAAUUAUUGUUAACUAAAUAUUAAGCAUGAUGACCAUUUUCUUAUAUCUUAAUGAAAACUAUGAAGACAUCAAGAAUAAUGGAUAUACGGGAGAUAUAUUAGCUUACACGUACGGGCAACAGUAUUGAUAAUAUUAAAGAUAUUUGUAAUUGGUUUAAUUCUUUUUUUGAGUAACAUACUUGAUUUAAUAACUAAUUUAAGCGCUUGUCUCAACUGCCAUAAUUGUAUUUAUUUAAUGUCUAUUGUCUUAUUGAUGAAUGUUGAAUUGUUUGCCGCUAGCUUAAAGUAUCUGUGUCCGAAGCAUAGGAAUGGAUGAGAUGUAAAAAUUGAGUAUGUACAAAAUCCACAUAGAGAAGUUCAUUCAAGCCGAUUGGAAUGAUAGUCGGAUAUUAUAGAGGGCCACGUUAUGCUGUUCGAAUCUGUUUAUGCUAGUUACAGGUAGUCUAUUUAUCAAAAUCACACAUAUUUGUAUGUAUCUACGCUAUUUCGUACAUAUGAAGAAACACUGUCGAUUGCCUUUCAAAAAAUGAUAACCAAAAAAAAUCACCUUACAUGGAUUAACUUAAUCGUAACUUGUUAUUGCAUACCACGACUAUUUAUGCGUCUAUAGCUCUAUUAAACGAAACCAAAGUAAAAAAUCGUUAUAAGCCCCGCAAAGCGACGAUCAGUUGGCGAAACAAACUCAACUGAUCUUCGCUGGGCGGGGAAUUUCUGAAAGCAUAAACACAUAUUUAUGUAGCUAAAUGUUGGGUUGAUUAUUGAUUCCACACAUAUGUACUAAUAAAUUUAAACGAACCAAAAAACUAUGAUAUACAUACUAUAUAGAGAAAGUACUAAAAAUUUCUUUAGAAAAAGCAAAGCAAAAAUGUUAAUUGAGAUAUUCGUACAUUUCGAGCCCCACAUAUACACCCCCGCAUACAUAUAAUGCUCAUAUAAGCGUACUUGUUUAAUCGUUAAAAAAGUUAAUUAUUGUAAACAAUGCUUAAGAAUACUUACCGACGACGAGGAGGAAACCCCAAUUCUGUACGCAUUAGCACACUCACCUACACUGAGACUCACUUUAAACGCGAAAUGGUGACCAUCGAUAUAUUUACCUAUAUACAAGCCGAACUGAGGAGAACUUAUAGACAUCCUCUGCAGACACACAAUGCAUACGAGUAAAUAUAAAGUGAAUUCUUCGAGAAAAACAAAACUAAAAAAAUACCAUUAAACAUAUUGAAAUAUAUCAGUUUCAAACAUAAUUAGAAGAAAAGUAAAAAAAAGGAGAAAACAAAAAAUAUUAAAUUAAAUUAUGAAAAUAAAAAAAUAACACAUAUUU